CAAGUUUGCUGGAAAUUCCUAGUGUCUUCCAGCAUAGCACCCCAUCUUUAUCUGCUAGAUACAUUCCAAUGGUUCAUGGGCUCCAGCAAACCCUGGUCCUGUGCAGUAUCAGUGUUAAUGAAAAGACAAACUGCUGAACAAGUUAAUUCAGAUGGAGAUAUCAUUAAAGAGAGUUGCAGUGAGAGAGAAAGAAGCUCGUCUGACCACUGUAGCACACCCGGUGUACCCAGUGGAAACUCAUGUUCUUCUUCGAGCCAAAACUUUGAAGUUCUCAGUUCAAAAACAAAUGAGCAUUCCAAUGGUUUUUCUAUGGAGGAUACUUGUAACACCUUGGUGACUUUAGGUGGUCAACGUACCAAAACAAUGUGCAGCAGUGAACCAAAGAAAAAGGCAAAAAGGAGCUCUCAACUCUCAUUGAGGUCAUUUUUCCAGAAAAGUUCAAUCCCUAGCAACGGUGUCGGCAAUGGUACUGAUACUUCAACUAAUCAGAUAGAUGUUCCAGAUUCUAAUCGUCUGUCAAAUGAAACUCCAAUACCAGAGAAUCAAAGUGGCAGUCCCAAGCAGUGUGAAUUGAACUCAAGUGCAUCAAUUGAGGAUCAGGAUGAAGUAGAUGUCUGUUCUUUGGAGAAAGAGAAGAAUAAUUUUGCUCUAAUGGAGUGGCAAAGGUUGCAGCAAGUCAUGCAGAAUAGCAUACCACUUUGCAAGGGCCAUAGGGAACCCUGUGUUGCUCGGGUUGUGAGGAAGCGAGGUGCUAAUUUUGGACGCAGGUUUUAUGUCUGUGCUCGUGCUGAGGUACUUUUUUAUUUAAAACCUCAAAUACUGCUAUCAGCAUACACAUUGCUCCUUUCCUACCAUGUUUUAGUUUUCCACUAUUUUGUAUGUGUUCAAUUCGACCUAUUGGUGGCUCACCAAAAAUGAAAAAUAAAAUUCAACCCAAACAUAUUCAGGUUCAGUUGAUGCUGUAAUAGUAGAAAACAUCUGAUAAAGUUCCAUCAACCAUGCAACUAUUUUCCCUUUGGUAGUUAGAACUCAGGACAGAAAAAGCCACAAGCUGUGCGAUCUGUUGUUCUACCCCCAUUCUCCCUUUAAACCUUUGGGCGUUUGACGAUUGAUUGAAAAAGAGAGAUGGUCUCCAGAUUAUGUAUCUGUGUUUCGUAUGAUAUAUGACUAA